AUCUUCUUUAUCUGUGGUCUUUCGAUCGAGCGCUUCUGUUUGAACCCUAACCCUCGCGGUUCAUCGUGGUGCGAUCUCUGUCCCAAGAUCUCCCUUUCAUUCGCUCGUCAGAUUUCUCCCUCUCUCGAUCUGAUCGUACCUGCUCGAUUCUUCCGCCAAGAUCGGAGAGAGCAAAUGCCGGAGGAAGAUCUUGUCGAGCUCAAGUUCCGGUUGUAUGAUGGAUCGGACAUCGGUCCUAUCCGAUACUCUUCUUCUUCCACCAUUGCUGCGGUCAAAGAAAGGAUAAUAUCAGAGUGGCCUCGGGAUAAGAAAAUUGUACCAAAAGUGGCCAAUGAUGUCAAACUCGUAAGUGCUGGCAAAGUACUGGAGAACAGCACAACAAUUGCCCAAUGCAAAUCACCUUUCAGUGAGCUCCCUGUAGGGUUUAUCACCAUGCAUGUUGUUAUACAACCGACAUUGACUAAAACCAAAACAGAAAAGAAGGUUGAUGAGUUGCCCAAGAAGACAACCUGCACUUGCUGUAUAAUGUAGGAGCUAGUCAAUUUUUCGCUCCAUCAGUGAUAUCAUGAUCUGCUACGCGGUUCUGUGUCGGAAAACAAAAACCACCUGACACAAUGUGUUGUUUUGUUAGAGGAACCUGUUGUCCUGUUUUCUAUGUCGUUGCCCAAAGUCAGAUCGUCGCACGACCAGUCUCAAAGAUGCAGGUAGAUAUUGGCAUGGGAAACGAGGGCCUUAUAGUUAUACAAGAGUCUUGUUUAUGGACUAGGCUGUUCUUGUGGAUUGCGUUUACAAUCAUCUAUAGUUUUUGUUAAACAUGUUAUAUAUGUUUCGAUUGUAUCAAAUGCAAUGUAAUUAGAUAAUACUGAUGUCGUCUCAGCGAUAUCGAUAUUUGCUUGGUUUCUCAUGAAAACAGGAUCUUUUUGAAA